AUGGCUGACAAAGGUCUCGAGGAUGUCGCUGAGGGCCAGAUCGAAUCCAACUACGAUGAGACUGUCGACUCCUUUGAUGACAUGAGCCUCAAGUCGGAGCUCCUCCGUGGUGUGUACGCCUACGGUUUCGAGCGUCCCUCUGCUAUCCAGCAGCGCGCUAUAAUGCCCGUCAUCAAGGGCCACGACGUCAUUGCCCAGGCCCAGUCCGGUACUGGCAAGACCGCCACCUUCUCCAUCUCCGUCCUCCAGAAGAUCGACCCCAGCGUCAAGGCCUGCCAGGCCAUGAUCCUUGCUCCCACCCGUGAGCUAGCCCAGCAGAUCCAGAAGGUCGUUGUCGCCAUCGGCGACUUCAUGAACAUUGAGUGCCACGCCUGCAUUGGUGGUACUAGCGUUCGUGAUGACAUGAAGGCCCUCCAGGACGGUCCUCAGGUCGUUGUCGGUACUCCCGGUCGUGUCCAGGACAUGAUCCAGCGCCGCUUCCUGCGUACCGACUCCAUGAAGAUGUUCGUCCUUGACGAGGCCGAUGAGAUGCUUUCUCGUGGUUUCACCGAGCAGAUCUACGACAUCUUCCAGCUGCUUCCCCAGUCCACGCAGGUCGUGCUCCUGUCCGCUACCAUGCCCCAGGACGUCCUUGAGGUCACCACCAAGUUCAUGCGCGACCCCGUCCGCAUUCUCGUCAAGAAGGAUGAGCUCACCCUUGAGGGUAUCAAGCAGUUCUACAUCGCCGUCGAGAAGGAGGAGUGGAAGCUCGACACUCUAUCUGACUUGUACGAGACCGUCACCAUCACCCAGGCUGUCAUCUUCUGCAACACCCGCCGCAAGGUCGACUGGCUCACCGACAAGCUCACUGCCCGCGACUUCACUGUUUCGGCCAUGCACGGUGAUAUGGAGAUGGCUCAGCGUGACCUGAUCAUGAAGGAGUUCCGCUCCGGCUCCUCCCGUGUCCUGAUCGCCACUGACCUCCUGGCCCGUGGUAUCGAUGUCCAGCAGGUCUCCCUGGUCAUCAACUACGAUCUCCCCGCCAACCGUGAGAACUACAUCCACCGUAUCGGUCGUGGUGGCCGUUUCGGCCGAAAGGGUGUCGCCAUCAACUUCGUCACCGCCGACGACGUCCGCAUGAUGCGCGAGAUCGAGCAGUUCUACAGCACCCAGAUUGAGGAAAUGCCCAUGAACGUGGCCGACCUCAUCUAA